AUGGAUCUUCGCGUCGACAUCGUCGAGAUGAGGCUCUGCCUGGACCAUCGCAGGCCACCAGGUAAGUUCCCCCUCAGGUAAGUGCGCUUGCUUUGUUUCUUCCUUUUGUUUGUUGAAGUUCCGCGUCGUACGCUGCGCUUGCUGCCUGCCCAUUAUAUGCUAGUCUGUCUGUCAAUAGCUAAACGACACCCUCGAUGCCUGCUGCGAUUGUCUGUCCGUCAGUCUAUGCCACUCUCUUCUAGCUAGGUGUUACGGUGCUUGACUUUGUGUGGUGCCCUCACUUUGUCUCUGACUGAUGCCUGUGUCCGCUUGUCCACUCUAGUUCUAAGUCCCCUAGCGUUAAUUAGUGUGUAUGCUCUCUCCUACUUCACUCCAUCACGUCAUCACCUCACCACCAAGGUCCCAGGCUAAUUCGAGUCGUUCUCUCACUAACAAAAGUCGUGGCCCAUAGUGGAGUCCGGCAGCCGUCUGGGAUAACCGGGCAGCCCUGUUCAGGGAUGCGUUGCCUGCCCCCGCGAGGGGGAGGGGGCUAGAAAAGGUGCCCUAAAGAUCGCUGGGAACCACGCUGUCUGUAGGCUGGCCGUGGCCGCAGACAAAAAACACACGGUCGAAACAGCCAAAACAGAAACAACAACAACAACAACAAUCACUCUCUUCCUCUUCCAGCCUAUUCUUCUUCUUCUCCUACUCCUACUUUUCGCCGCCGCAGUCGCCAGACUGGCAGGGUGAGCCCGCUCACUCUGGCAGCCUGGAAUGUUCGUUCCCUUUUAGACAAUCCGAGGAGCAACCGACCGGAACGGAGGACGGCGCUAGUGGCACGAGAACUGGCGCGCUACAAGGUGGACAUCGCCGCACUCAGCGAGACCCGAUUCUCCGAACAAGGCCAACUGGAGGAGGUGGGUGCCGGCUACACCUUCUUCUGGAGUGGUCGACCCAAGGCAGAGCGACGAGACGCGGGUGUCGCCUUCGCCAUCCGGAACGACAUCGUGGGACGACUACCCUGUUCGCCGCAGGGUAUCAACGAUCGCCUGAUGAGCCUCCGUCUGCCCCUCCGGCUAGGAGGCAAAUUCGCCACCAUCAUCAGCGCCUACGCUCCGCCGAUGACCAGCCCCAACGCCGCCGCAAGAGACAAAUUCUACGAGGACCUGCACGCCCUCUUGGCGACUGUGUCGAAGGCGGACAAGUUGAUUGUCCUUGGUGACUUCAACGCCCGCGUCGGCACAGACCAUACUGCCUGGAGGGGAGUGCUGGGUCCCCACGGUCUCCGCGGCUCAAACGAAAACGGCCUGCUGCUCCUCCGCACCUGCGCAGAACACCGCCUCAUCCUGACGAACACGUACUUCUGUCUGCCGGAGCGAGAGAAGGCCACCUGGAGGCAUCCUCGGUCGCGUCAGUGGCACCUGCUGGACUAUGUCCUCGUUCGGAGGCGAGAUCAGCGGGACGUGCUGGUGACGAAGGCGAUCGCGGGUGCUGACGGGUGGACCGACCAUCGCCUCGUCAUCUCGAAGAUGCGUAUUCGCCUACAGCCUGGCAGGAGACCACAAGGUAAGCGACCCCCAGGUAAGCUGAAUGUUGCUUUGUUGUCUUUGCCUGCUCACCGUCUCCAUUUCAGCAAUGAGCUAGCUCAACGGCUAGACAACCUUCCUAUCGCUGCCGCCGCCGACGACGCCGCCGCCGCCGCUGCCGAGAACGCCUCCGUGGAGAACCGCUGGUGUCAACUGCGAGACACGGUCCAGUCGACGGCUCUCGCCGUCCUCGGUCGCGCUCCCCGCCAACACCAGGACUGGUUCGACGAUAACGACGCCGCCAUCAGCAAUCUGCUUGCCGAGAAGAACCGCCUACACAAAGCCUACGUAGAUCACCCCACUGAGGACAACAAAGCGGCCUUCUACCGCAGUCGCCGACAGCUUCAGCAACGACUGCGCGAGAUGCAGGACGCCUGGACUGCUCGCAAAGCUGAGGAGAUGCAAUGGUAUGCGGACCGCAACGAAUGGAAGAACUUCUUCUCUGCGAUCAAAGCUGUCUACGGUCCGCCGACGAAGGGCACUGCUCCUCUCCUCAGCGCCGACGGCAGCACUCUCCUGACUGA